UCCUCUUACAACACAUACAGGAAGAAUGAAGCACAGUCUGUCAAGAUUGUGUCUGCCGAGAGUCAGAGGUGUUCAAUAUGAAGUUCUCUCUCUGGAGGCCAACUUUGCUGCUUUUCCUGGCUUUAUCUGUAGGAUGCGAGGCCAAAGUGACGACUGAGAUCCAGACUGGACCUCUGUAUCGUGUUGUUGGCUCUCGGCUCUCCAUGUUCUGCAAUGCCAGUGGCUUCUCCAACCCCAAUUCUGAAAAAGGUUUUGAAAUCCGCACGAAGCUAACUGGCAUCCCUGGAAGAGAGAUGAAUGUUAUUAGCUCCUCAGAUGAACAUUUUAGUUAUAAUCGUUUUAUGCGUCGCAUCGAGAGAAAUGAUAUUAACCUCAUACGCUCUGGUCCAUGCUCAAUCGUAUUUGAAAUAAAAAACUUACUCAAGGAGGAUGAUGGGGAAUAUGAAUGCACCGUACUAGAUCCAGGAAGUCCACUUAUUGGAUCCUACACUGCAAAAUCAGUUGUUAAAGUGAUUGACAACUCCUUAAGUGUUGCAUCUAGCGACUCUCCUUCCUCAUUGAGUUUUACCGAAGGAGAAGCUCUCACUUUAACCUGCCAUGCCUCCACCAACACCAUCCAGCACGUCCAUCUGUCUCUCGGCUGGUAUCUCCGUAAAGAUGGGGCCGAAGAUGCUGAACCUAUCAUUUCUUUGGAUAAAGAUUUCCAGCUUACUCCUGGUCAGGGCUUUGAGCAACGCUACAGAAACAAAGCCAUCAGGUUAGAUAAAAUAGGGGAGGCCACAUACACGCUUAAGAUAGCUGAGCUGGAGCUCUCAGACCAGGGUAAAAUUUACUGCCAAGCCCAGGAGUGGAUUCAAGAUCCUGAUCGUUCCUGGUACAGGAUCGCUCAAAAGGAUGCAGAGGAAAUAUCUCUUACAGUCAAAGCUAAAGUGGUUACAGACACGUCAUCUUUGGAUGUGAGUCUUUCUGCACAGAACGCACUGCAGGAGGGGCAGGUACUUACACUGACCUGCAGGAUCAACGCACAGAACCUCGCCACACGGUUCUUUUCUGUAGCAUGGGUGUGGAAAGAAUAUGAGCUGGCACGGAUUGGCCCUACAGGCAUUCUGACUGUGAGUGAGGAAUACAGUGACAGAGAGAGAGAUGGGGAAUUAAGAGUGACCCGGAUUGGGAACGGACACUACCAACUCAAAGUACAGCCUGUGAAAACUACAGAUGGAGGGAGUUAUAUCUGCAGGGCAUGGUCGGAAGAGAGGAGUGAGGACGGAAACUUUCAACAAGGAGCAGCUCAGAACUCCCAACCACUGGAUAUCACAAUCUCAACUCCAGAAAGUGGGCUUUCAGUCAAAAUGCUAAACUUGAAGCAAAAAGUUUCCGAAGGACAGAAACUGAGCCUCAUCUGUAACGUGGAGGGGAUCAAAGGCCAGCUCUCUGUCUCCUGGCAACGCAAGCUCAUGCAGACGCAGUCCCCUUUAUUCACCAGCAUCAUCAGUCUGAGUCAGAAUGGUGUCAUAGAAAAAACAGAAGCUUUUGCGACUCGUAAGGUGAGAGUGACACGUCCAGCAACACAAAGCUUUGUCUUUGAGAUGGAUGAAGCGAGACCGUUUGAUUCAGGUAUCUACGAGUGUGUUGUCACUGAAACGCAAACCAACGGCAAAACUCAAAGCCACUCUCAACGUGCCAAUGUGACUGUGACUCCUAUUGAGACCCUGGUCAAAGCGUCACUGAAGAGUCGAGAACCCACCGUGACUGUAGGAAAGAACUUAGAUUUAAUGUGCAAGGUUUUUGAAAUUCCAAGUAUGCCAAUUACUCUGACUUGGAGUCAACAGACAGAUGACUCCAACUUAAAUACCAUCCUGGUUUUGUCAAAUGGUUCCAUCAGCUGGUCCGGAAACCAGCACCGUUACCAAGUGGAGGUGAACAAACAAAGGGACUCUGUCAUGUACUAUCUUAAAAUCCUUGGUGCAAGCCACAAGGAGGCAGGAACUUACCAGUGUAGGGUGUCAGUUUUCCUGGAUAAUGUAUACAAAAAGCUUCUUCCAUCCAACCCCCUGAAGGUGCAAGUCAAUAAUCCAGAAAGCAAGCUUGCCCUAUCAUCUAAGCCAACCAUUAUGCAACGCAUCAACACUGAUAUACAAAUUGUUUGUAAAGUUACCUCAGCAACAUCUAAGUCUUCUCUAUAUGCCGUCACCUGGGACCUCCAACAAGAAACUGGAAGUAAAAGAAUUUUGAGCUCAGAUCAAAAUGCUCUCGUUACUUUUGGGCCAGAGAUUGAGGAGAGUCACCAGCAACGCAUCAGCAUGAGCCGCACUUCGGGCCCUAACUUUGAGCUAACUAUCAGACAAGCCAGAAUGUCAGACAAAGGAGUUUAUGUGUGCAACGUGGCUGAGUAUCUACAAAAUCCACUGGGAGAGUGGUAUUUACUCUCAGAAAAAAAUUCAAACACAACCCUAGACGUUACUGAGCCUGAAGCACAAUUGUCCAUUCAAAACAUAGAGACAGUGAAGAAUAUAAGCAUUGCAGAGGAAUUUUCCAUUCCCUGCCAUAUCACCCAACAAUCCAGCAAUGACUCCCAGUUCCAGGUCAAAUGGUUUUGGCAGAGAGGCACUGAAGCUACACCCAUGUUUACAGCUUACAGAAAUUCAACCUUACAAGUUGGCAUUAAGGAUGUUGCUGUGAUGUAUGGCCACCCCCUACCUGGUCAAUUCAACCUUAAAGUUUCAAAUACUAAGCCUAAAAACAGUGGCUUGUAUUUCUGUGAAGUAGAAGAGUGGGUUUACUCUCUUGCUUAUGGGUGGAGAAAACUUGCAGUGGAAAGGUCUGGUAAAAUGAACAUAACUGUUGGUGCUGAAGGGGAUGCCAAAGCUCUGGCUGGUUCAGAAUGCAUGGCUAAUACUUGGAUUGCAAUAUUUGCAGUAACUGUCAUCAUCUUGCUCUGCAUCAUAACAAUUCUUCUGGUAAAAAUCUGCAAGUCAGGGAAGAAGUCAGAUCCAUCUCUCUGGCCGGAAAGGCAUGCACUAAAACCUGGACCAGAAUACUGAAAGACUGAAACUAGAAGGACCAGCAGGAAAAGUUAAAAAAAGUAGGAAAUGUGUACAAAAGAAAAUGCUUUAGAUUUGAAAAGGUUUACAGUGUCUUAGUUUUGUUUUUAUUUUUUUUAUAAAGUCUAUUAUGAGUUAAACAUUUUUUACUUGCUGUGCUGUUGAGAUUGUAUUGAUUUUAAUGAAUUAUUUGUCUUUGUUUUUGUAUUGUGCCUUAUUAUUAUUGCACGGUAAUGCAGUUUUUAGUGCUGUUUCCUUGCAAAAAGAAGUUCACAGGUUUGAUUUCUAGCCCGGGGUCUUUCUGCAUGGAGUUUGCAUGUUGCCUAGACUGCUGGAGAUAGGCACCAGCCCCACUGUGACCCUGAUAGAGUAAGAGAGAAAAGAUGGAUGGAUAUUUCUGAGUGAUUGUGACUUUCAUGUUUGACUUCAAACUAAGAGUUUUAGGAUAUUAGUUAAUGUUAAGUAAACAAGCAUUUCUAAGUGCAGAAAUUUUCAAUGAAAAAACUUGAAAAAGGCAACUGAUAAAAUUUUUGGUUUUAUAGAUUCAAAAACAUUACUGGUUUAUGUUACAAAAUGUAAAAACUAUUGUUUAUUUUUUUGAGAUGGCAACUAAAGCUCAGCAUUUUCUAGAACAUCACAAGAUGAAAUGGGAUAAGAUUUGAAAAUUUUUUUCAUGACACAAGAGAAAAAACGGAUGUUGUCUGCGGUUUUGCACAGGAUGACGUCUGACUGUCUGCAAAGCUGUCCCAGGACAGAUGCUUUCAUAAUCAGAUAAUUUAUUUACUGUUGUAAAGAAAAAAAAGCUGGGGCAGGUUUGCUCAAACUGGAUAUAUCUUUAAGGUGCUGGAAACCAAACACUGUCCAAAGGCAAAAAAAAAGAAAAAGGAUUUCCAACACUUCUAUCUGUCCACGAACUUUGCACAGAUACCAGUGUGUUGAAGUGUUUGCAGUUCCCUUUUGUUAACAAAGAGCCAACCUUGCAGUUGUGGUUGCAAGCCCUAUUUUGCAGCUCUUCUGCUUAAAUUUGACCACAGAAACAUUUCCUUUUUCAUAAUUUGUACUGCACUUUACUGUGCAGCGACUGUAUGGGAAGAUUGUGACAUGUUUUUAACCUGUUUUGUACGUUUUUAAAAUAAACAGCAUU